AUGAUGAGUUGCUUCCAAUGUUGCAUGUCAGAAGAGAAAAUCGCCAGGAAGUCAUUAAAGAAGAGCAUCAAGGAAUACCAUGACACCAAAACUUUAGCCUCAUUUGCUAACAUCUCCUUCAAAACUGAUAGCAGCAGGAGGAAGUACAUAGCUGAAGAGAUAGCAAAGGUUGGCAAAGGAAAUAUUUCUGCUCAGAUUUUUACUUUCCGGGAACUAAGCGUUGCAACUAACAACUUCCAUCCAGACAAUUUGCUAGGCGAAGGCGGUUUUGGGAGAGUUUACAAAGGGAAACUUGAAGACACAGACCGAGUUGUUGCUGUUAAGCAACUAGACAGGAAUGGGUUCCAAGGAAAUAGAGAAUUUCUUGUAGAAGUUUUGAUAUUGAGUCUUCUUCACCAUCCCCACCUUGUCAAUUUGGUCGGAUAUUGCGCCGAUGGUGAUCAGAGGAUUUUGGUAUAUGAGUACAUGGCGAAUGGGUCCCUAGAGGACCAUCUUCUUGAUUUAGGUCCCGGGAAAAAGGCCUUGGAUUGGGAUACUAGGAUGAAAAUUGCAGCAGGGGCAGCAAAAGGACUUGAAUACUUACAUGAACAAGCCAACCCCCCUGUGAUAUACCGCGAUUUCAAAGCUUCAAACAUUUUAUUGGAUGAGAACUUCAGUCCAAAGCUCUCUGAUUUUGGUCUGGCAAAGUUAGGCCCAACUGGGGAUAAGACUCAUGUAUCCACCAGGGUGAUGGGAACUUAUGGCUACUGUGCACCUGAAUAUGCACUGACAGGGCAGUUGACAACAAAAUCCGACAUUUACAGCUUUGGAGUUGUGUUUUUGGAGAUAGUCACAGGAAGAAGAGUUAUAGACAACAACAGACCAACGGAGGAGCAGAACUUAGUUACUUGGGCACAACCAUUAUUUAAAGACAGAAGGAAGUUUACAUUAAUGGCUGAUCCAUUGCUAGAAGACAAGUACCCUAUGAAGGGUCUUUACCAAGCUCUUGCUGUUGCAGCAAUGUGUCUGCAAGAGGAAGCUACUACAAGACCUCUGAUCAGUGACGUUGUAACCGCGUUAGAGUAUUUAACCGUAGACUGCAUUGAAUCUGGUGAGAAGAAUGGUGAUGAGUAUGAUGAGAGUACUUAUGAUGGUGCAUUUGAGGGUGAGGAGGGUACACAACUAGAGAGUACAAGGAGCCUAUGA